AUGGGUUCUCUGGCCCUGCAGCUGUGCACGGUCUUCGGCCUGGUGGCUCACUCGGUUUCUGGCAGCCCCAUCAUGAGCCUGGAGCAGUCGCCUCUGGAAGAAAACAUGCCCCUCUUCGACGAUGUCUUCUCAGAGCAAGAUGCUGUCGACUUCAACACGUUGCUGCAGAGCAUGAAGAAUGAGUUUCUCAAGACGCUGAACUUAUCCGACAUCCCCCUGCAGGACUCAGCCAAGGUGGACCCACCGGAGUACAUGCUGGAACUCUACAACAAAUUUGCAACGGAUCGGACCUCCAUGCCCUCGGCCAACAUCAUUAGGAGUUUCGAGAACGAAGAUCUGUUUUCCCAGCCAGCCAGUUUUAACGGGCUCCGAAAGUACCCUCUCCUCUUCAACGUGUCCAUCCCUCAUCAUGAAAAGGUUAUCAUGGCUGAGCUCAGGUUGUACACACUGGUGCAAAGAGACCGCCUGAUAUAUGAUGGAGUAGAUCGCAAGAUUACCAUUUUUGAGGUACUAGAGAGCAGAGGGGACACUGAGGGCGAAAGGAGCAUGCUGGUCUUGGUGUCGGGAGAGAUCUACGGAACCAACAAUGAGUGGGAGACUUUUGACGUCACCGAUGCCAUCAGGCGUUGGCAAAGGUCGGGCUCAUCCACUCACCAGCUGGAGGUCCACAUCGAGAGCAGACACGACGGAACCGAAGAUGCCGGCAGGGGACACCUGGAAAUAGACACCAGUGCCCAAAAUAAGCACAUCCCUUUGCUCGUCGUGUUUUCUGACGACCAAAGCAGCGGGAAGGAGCGGAAGGAGGAAGUGAAUGAGAUGAUCGCCCAUGAGCAACUUCUGGAGGUCAACAACCUGGGCCUGGAAGGCUAUUCCAGUGGGCCGGGAGAAGCAGCCCUGCUGCAGAUGAGGUCAAACAUCAUCUACGAUUCUACUGCCCGCAUCAGAAGGAACGCUAAGGGAAACUACUGCAAGAGGACCCCGCUCUACAUCGACUUCAAAGAGAUAGGCUGGGACUCUUGGAUCAUCGCCCCCCCCGGAUACGAAGCCUACGAAUGCCGUGGGGUUUGCAACUACCCCCUGGCAGAGCACCUCACACCCACAAAGCACGCGAUCAUCCAGGCCUUGGUCCACCUCAAGAAUCCCCCAAAGGCUUCCAAGGCCUGCUGUGUGCCCACCAAGCUAGAGCCCAUCUCCAUCCUCUAUUUAGACAAGGGCGUCGUCACCUACAAGUUCAAAUACGAAGGCAUGGCAGUGUCCGAAUGCGGCUGUAGAUAGAAGAGGAGUCCCGUGCUUAUUUAACGACUGUAAAUGUGUAUAUUUUGUGCUCCUAUUUAAUGAGAUUAUUUAAUAAGAGUGUACAGAUCACAGAGGCUGGCUGCCUUAGGGAAGUGGGCAAAUCAGUUUGUUGUAAUGUUGAAAUGCGUAUUUUGCUAAUUCAGUCUCGUCCCUUCCAAUCCGUUUUUCUCUGGACUUGCCGUUUGCUGGCAUUGCCACUUCCGGCAGCGAGUGGCAAGCCCCGCUCACUGUCUAACCCGAGCUAGAGUGUCAGAUGGUAGGUGUUUGUGUAUGUAUAUGUGUAUAUAGGCCAACUCAUAGAACUCUUCUGGUUCCAUAAAGGUAGAUUAUACUCACACGUGUGCACGACUCCAUGAAAUGUGUAUAUAUUAAAAACCAAUGGUACGUUUCCAGUCAACUCUUCUCUGAGUAGGAUCUGUCUCAAGAUAAUUAGCACCCAGGGUUCGAGCAUCCUGGGAUCAGUCCUAGGAAUUCCUAAAUGCUACUGGAGGCGGAGGCGUCGCUUUUAUGGGUUGCGUUUUCCCUGGUGCUCAGAGCCACAGGACCAGGUAAAGGGCACUCGCUGCCUGUUUGAGGGGAGAGUGAUCUGAUGUGGAAACCAGGUGGUUUCCAGAGGCAGCGGCCUCAAGCUACACUAGCAAAGGAGGAGCCCCCGGAGCACCGCUGCGCUCUAGAGGGCAGCACCCGGUCAAGAAAAGGCGACCGAGGAGCCUG